AUGAUCAAGAAUUCCCAAAUCGCGCCGGCGCCGCCUUUUUCCAAAGAGCACCAGCUUUGUUCUGAACUGGCGGACUCCAGCCCCGUGGAAACAACCUCGAGAGUACCGGGCCAUCCCAGUAUCGUCUUACCAAACACGGAUUCUCUUUCAACAUUUCUGUGCAAUGAACUGUGGGCAGCUGAUCUGGAAGCAGCGGCGGGGAGACUUUGGAUCUUGACCACGCCUUCUGGAAGAAGUGUUCAUUCUCUGAAUAAACAGAAGGUCCUGGGACGAGAGAUUGUUGUCACGGAAGAUCCACGGCUUCAUCUGCUGUGGAUCAACAAUCGGAUCUUCAUCAAACCCCUACCGAGUUACCUGACAUCCUACUCUUUCUGGACGACGGCAUUAGCAGCUCAGCCGUUGUCACCCCUCGCCGAGAAAAGCUCACACAUUCGUCGUGCCGCUAUCGGAUUUCUGCGAACGUAUCGCUUGCUCAUUCAACACGAGUCUGAUCUUGUGAUUGCACAACGGGAUGAUCUGCGACUGGUGCAGAGCCACCUCAGGUGGUCAGAGGUCUCGAUCUUUCUGGCCGAUCUGGAGCAUAUCGAAGACGAGCAUGUGUCGGCCAGGUACCACUAUGGGGAGAUCAGGCUGUCCAGACUCAACCUCUAUGCCCCCCUCUUGUUUCGUCGAUACAUCUAUGAGUAUAUUCCCAUGCAGUAUGGCGAGUACUUCACCCGCCUAUAUGGGCCGAUCUUGUUCGUCUUUGCGGCGAUAUCGACUUGCCUCAAUACCAUGCAGGUAGCGUUAGCGGCUGAUUCAGGCCAAGAGUUCCUGAGCGAGCACGUGUGGAGGAUAUUCUACUGGUUCAGCAUCGUAACACUGCUCAUAACAGUCGUGGUCGGGUCUUUCCUGGUUCUCCUUUGGACUGGCACCGUUGCGAACGAGUGGAAAUUCACGCUCAAACAUCGGCAGAAAGUGAAGGGCCACAAGAUGAGCUGA